ACUCUUGUUUGCAUGAAUGGUCACAUCAAACAGUACAGGAAAAUCUAGGCCAAGCUGCUUUCAGCAGGCUAAGGAACACGAUACCGUUGCUCCGCAUCCUUUAAUAGUAGCAAUGCCUUUUAAUAAAUGUCAGGCACCUUUUGAACUUUCUUUGAUUCCAUUAGCUUUGUUUUUCACCAGCACCCUGAAGCCCACCUUGCCCCUCCCUGGUGGGCUGUGGCGCGGCCGUUGCCAGACUUGUCCAUGUGGGAUGGGGAGGAGGAGAGGGAUGCGCGCCGGGAAGCGCGGCUGGUGCAUCCCCACUGCCUGCAGAAACGGUGCCACUUAUAUAACGCCCUCACUGGGUAACGAGGUAAAACUCCAUCAACUCUUCUGCAGGAGGUUCCGAGGGUCUGGGGCUGCUGCCUGCCUAAAGGGAUUAAUUCUCCUCCGUCUCUAUUUACAUGGUGAUAAGAAGUGCUAAUCCCACUCCGUCAGUCUGGACUGAUGAACCUGAGGAAUAGAACUGAGCUCUGUGUUGUGUAAACGAACUGAUGGAUGAAGAUGAGAAGGACAGGGCAAAGAGGGCAUCACGCAACAAAUCUGAAAAGAAGAGGAGAGACCAGUUCAAUGUCCUCAUUAAAGAGCUUUGCACGAUGCUGCAGGGCCAUGGCCACCCUCUCAAGAUGGACAAGUCCACAAUACUGCAGAGGACCAUCGACUUCUUACAGAAACAGAAAGAAAUCACAGCACAGACAGAAGCCUGUGAGAUUAGACAAGACUGGAAGCCUUCAUUUCUUAGCAACGAGGAGUUCACCCAGUUGAUGUUAGAGGCACUAGAUGGCUUUCUCAUUGCUCUUACCACAGAUGGGAUUAUUAUUUAUGUAUCUGAUAGUGUUUCAUCUCUGCUUGGACACUUACCGUCAGAUUUGGUGGACCAAAAUAUAUUAAACUUUCUGCCUGAGCGGGAGCAGAGCGAGGUGUACAAGCUCCUUUCUCCGCAUGUGCUCAUGACAGAUCCUGUUGCAGCUGAUUUUCUGAAUGCAGAGAAACAAAUAGAGUUUUGUUGCCAUUUAGCAAGAGGCAGCUUAGAUCCAAAUGAACCCCUGAUGUAUGAAUAUGUGAAAUUUGUAGUGGAUUUUAAAUAUUUUACUCAUGUGCCUACACCCUCCUGUAAUGGCUUUGAGUCAGCUAUUGCACGAGCUUUCAGGUCAGCCACAGAGGAGCAGAUUUGCCUCGUAGCAACUGUUCGUCUUGUCACACCGCAGUUCUUAAAGGAGCUCUGCAAUGUUGAAGAGCCAUGUGAAGAAUUUACAUCGAGGCAUAGUUUGGAAUGGAAGUUUUUAUUCUUGGACCACAGGGCUCCGCCUAUUAUAGGAUAUUUACCCUUUGAGGUUCUGGGAACGUCAGGGUAUGAUUACUACCACGCAGAUGACCUGGAGCUUCUUGCUAGGUGCCAUGAACACUUGAUGCAGUUUGGAAAAGGAAAGUCCUGUUACUACCGGUUCCUGACCAAAGGCCAGCAGUGGAUAUGGCUGCAGACACACUACUACAUCACCUACCACCAGUGGAAUUCUAAACCCGAGUUCAUCGUUUGCACUCACCUAGUAGUUAGUUAUGCAGAAGUUCGAGCUGAAAGAAGGCGAGAUCUUGGCCUUGAGGAGUCAUCAAUUGAACUGGCAUCCUCUUCUCUAAAGAGCCACAGCAGCUACCUGGAUGUAGGGCAGUGCGGCAGCAGCCAGGAUGCCAGCCGGGAGGGAGUGUCGCUGUCGUCCCACAGCUCCCGGCGCUCCUCACACACCGCUCUCUCCGAUUCCACGUCCACGUCAUCCAUGCGACACACGGACACCAGCACUCCCACCCGCCUGUCAGUGCCAGGGGGGCAGGCGGAGAAGGCAGCCCUGCGGCUGGCAUCAGCUGGAAGCGCUCAGGCCAUAGCAACUCCUCCAGCCCCUGGUGAACAGCUCCCUCAGCCGCCGGUGGCUCAGCUGGCAGCCCCCUCUCAGCACGCUGUGAUGCCAGUGUACCAUUUCCCGACCCAGCUGGGGAUGAUGCAUCAGCUGAAAGAGCAGCUGGAGGAGAGGACUCGCAUACUGCAAGCUGACAUCAAGACGCAGCAAGAAGAGCUCCAUGUCAUCAAGGAGCAGCUCCAGCUCGUGCAGGACUCCAACCUGCAGAUGCUGAUGCAGCAGCCGAUCCCCAUAGUCUUUAACAACCUGCAGCACCCAAACCCCAGGAGGCCACCACCGGGGACACCCAGGCAGACGACAGCCAAGAAGUCACAGCAACAAGGCCUUACAGGGAUGAAGCACUACUGCAGCACCCUCCUGCCCUCACCACGCCAAUUCCUCAGGGACCCUUGCAGCGUGGCUGCCCAGGUACAGCAGCAGCAGCAGCAGCACCUAGUGAGAGGAAACCAAACCCAGCAAACACGUCUGCCAGGGCAGACGAGCAUUUCAGUGCCCCUCUACAACAACCCCGUGGUUUUAUCACAAACACAUCCCAUUACAGUGGCUGCACAGAUGCCAGCUGACGGCAGUGAAAGGCAACUGCAGUCUGACUACAGCCAGGACAGGAGCCUCAGGAUGCUGUUGGACCAGUCUAUCCAAGCCAUGAUGCCUGCCACCAAUGGCAGUGGCCAGUCCAUGCAGAGCAGUGCCAGCAGGCAGCAAGGAAAAUUCGUUGCAGAGCAGCAGAUCUUGCCUCCCCCAGUACAGAUGCACCCGGUUACCCGUAGCACUGUCCGACCUCCAGCCCCGUCACCCGUUUUCUCCCCGUCCCUGAUGAUCCCACACACCAGCUUCACAUCCCACCAGGCAAACACACCAGUUCAUCUCCACCAAUGGCCACAGCAGCAGGUUCAGCAGCACCGUCUCUACCUUCAGAUGCAAGGUCCCGAGCUGGUGCCUGGGGGUGCACAGCGCAUUCUGCAGCCACCCCAUGCACCGCAGCAGAACCCCCUGAGCUACUUCCUGCACCCACAGCAGCAGAGCCGCCACACGCAGGGCCAAGCCUCCGACCUGCCUGAGAUGCAGCUGCCCUGAGCACCAGGUCGGGUGCAGGGAGCACCCUGGGCUGCAGCUGCUGCACCCUGGAGCGCACCGAAGGAGCACGACACUGUCGGAGCAACCGGAUGGGUGACGUCGGGCCCACAGGGAAGGUGGUGGCUGGAGGGACCAGUCCCCACCAGGGAUGGAUGGCUCCGGGGCACCUCAUCUGUUGGGAUUCGUACAUGAUGCUGCUCUGGCAGCUGUAUGUGCCCUUGCCCAGCACCGCAGAAUGACUGGAAGGCAGUGGCUUUCUGGCUGCAGAGAGGUUAUUUAUUGGGUCGCUGUGAGGAUUGCUUUGCAAUGGAGAAAACCCUUUUCCAUUCAGGACUUCAAUGCUAAAGUCACUGUGAAUUUAAGCCCAGCAUUUGGAGCACACACACGGACUGCAGCGGUCUGCAGGAUGCCGUGGGAUCACCAUGUAUAUAACUCGUUUCGCUGUAGUAGGUCCAUUGUGGAUUCCCUCCCCCCCCCCCUUUUCUAUACCUCAGUCCCGCAAUUUUUUGUUUUCCAGGAGAUUGGAUAAUGCUGCUAAUUUACGUCACACCACUUUUGCCUGAAUUUCUUACUGUUGUUAUACCAGCUCACACCGCAGCUAGUAAGAUACUUGUCAUGUUUUAUUUUGGUGAAUGAGUGGAGAUAAAUUUAUAUGGUUUUUACUCCCUGUAGCCACGUAUUUUUCAGGUUACAAAGAACCCUUACUCGUUCUUUUAUUGGUUGCUUUGUUUCUAGUGAUGUAGUUGUGUGUGUUUCUAUACAUGAAAACAAACAUAGCAAGCAUAGAACAGCCUGUGAUGGCAAAUUGUGUGGGUUUGCUAGAUCAUGUUUCCAUUUGGCCAACCUAAAUGAAUCACAAGGACACAAGAGAUGUUCCGAGUCCAUAGGGUCAGCAAUAAAUUGUAUUUUUGUAAAUCAUCACUUUUAAACUAUAAGUUUAUAUGUAUGAAUCGAAA